AUGGCAGCUGCUACACCCGGUUUGGGGGACCUGUCCCGUCUGUACCAAACCGAGUUUGUGCGGAGUGCUCGUGCGGUAGGCGUGCUGUGGGCUGUAUGCACGCUGUGCUUCGCCAUCAUUCAAGUGGUCAUCCUCGUGCAGCCUUCCUGGAUAGGAACUGCAGACAUAACCCACCCGGGGACAGGGCCGGUGCCACCUAGUGGGACCCUGGGAUUAUUUGAGGUGUGUCUAGAGUCCGAACUGCCCGUUCCAGACUGUCGCGGCCGACUCUCCAGUCUCUCCCCGCUGCCGUCCUUCCAGUCUGUGGCUGUCUUGGUAGGCGUGUCGCUGUGGGCGGUGUGGACAAGCGUGGUCUGUCUCUUACUCUUCCGGUUCUGCAGCGCCGCCACCGUCUACAAGAUCUGCGCCUGGCUGCAACUCACAGCAGGGUUCUGCUUGGCGUUAGCAUGUCUAUUAUUCCCUGACUCGUGGGAGAGUCCAGAGAUGAGAGUCCUCUGCGGCGACUCUGUGGGCAGCUUCUCUUCGGGGAACUGCUCUGUCCACUGGGCCUUCAUCCUGGCCAUCCUUGGUGUUUUGGAUGCCGCCAUCCUAGCCACCCUGGCGUUUGUUUUGGCAAACAGACAAGAUGCCCUCUUGCCGCCACUUGGAAAAGAAGUGACUACAGGACUGCUGAUGUCGGCAUAG